AAUUUAAAAAAAAAAAUAUAAGGAACGAAGAAGAAGAAGAAGAUGAAGAAGGAAUGAUUCUAGUGUGUGUAUGAGAAAGAGAGAUUCAUUCUGUGUUUCGAGUAGAUAUUAUUUUGUUUCUCGAAGUUUAUAGAUAGCCUCACACCUUCCUGAAUUGGUUUCUUCGCUUAAUGGAUUCUCAGCCGAUUCGCUCUAUGAUCAUCUGAUUGUGAUCUUUCCGUAUCUGGUGAUGAUAAGGCGAUGAAUGCGAUGGAAAGAGUGGGUGGUGAAGAAAGAGUGGGGAGUAACAAGAACGUGGAGUUGAAAGGAGGAAGAGUGGAUAAUGAUGUUCCUUGCACGAUGGUGACUACUGAUUCAGAACCUGGGAGGAGCGAUUGUCCUGGAAGCUCAGCUCCUCCUCCUCACAGGAAUCUUCUUGUUGAUAUCAACAACAAGCCUCCUCCUGAGGAAUCUCCAGGAGCUAAGAUCUCCGUCGAAGAGCUUACUUAUAGAGCUGCUGUUCAAGGGAGUAGUCAUAAUCAUAAUCAUAAUCAUAAUCAUAAUCAUAUGGAGAGUUCUAGGGCCGCUGGCAAGUUUGAGCAUCUCUACCGUCUCGGCUCUUCUGCUGCGUUUAGGGGAGGAGGAGAUGGAGGAGAUGUCGAUUCUCAACCUCGUGAUAUGGAUCAGAUGUUGUCGAGGAUCAGGCAGCAGCUCGCGGGAGCUCCUUCCGAGAGGCAAAACUUGAAGCCUUUUGUGAACAAGAGGAGCGAUCAGAAUCUCGAGGCUUUCUCCGAACGUCUGAGAGCAGCUGGUGGGGAGAACGGCGUUAUGAACGGGCCUGGAUGGAUCAACGACGGUGUCCAGUCCAAAACGCCGUUGAGUUCUUCCAGUUUUUCUCAGCUGAUACUUAAACGAGCUAUGAAGGGGAAAGGUGUAGUUGGUAAACACCAGGAAGCUCCUCCUCCUCCUCCUCCUCCUGAGUUUGUUUGUGAUCAAGAUGGUGUAUGCAAGGAUAAAAAGUUGGAUAAUAGCAGCAGCAAGUCGCCUCUUGUUGCUCAUGAUCCCUCGUUGCCUCUAAAACCAAUCCCCAAAGGUCAUAAUGGGAUUGUAUCGAAUGGUGAAGGGAAUCAUACUAUUUCUUCUUCUUCUUGUGGAAUCAGUUUGAGGGAGUUUAUUAGAUCGAGUUAUGGUAAACGUGAGAAACGACACAGCCUUUCUCUAUUUAGGCAGCUGGUGGAGCUGAUUGGCUCAGCGCAUUCACAAGGAUUGUUCUUGCUGGAACUGAGACCAUCCCUUUUCGCCUUGGUCCCAUCCAAGAAACUUAGAUAUAAUGGUACUUUCGGAAAGAGCAGUAUAGAAUCGGAUGUUGACGAAGAUUUUAAUAGGAAGAGGCACGUGAUUCAGGAAUCAUCUACUGGGGGUAGGGGUUUGAAGAAAAGAAGAAUGGACUUGAAUGCUCCAGGGAAUCAACUUCAGGCCACUUCAAGUGGGAGACCUUUGAAAAGGAAAAGCCCCUUGAUUGAUUUAAACGUGGUUGAUGUACGUAAUCCAGACAGUUGUGAACUUCAACAGCAAAACUAUAUCAAACAUUUAGGCGUGCCUUCGGUGACGAGAAAACAGUCUAUGUCCACAUGGCUAGAAGAGCAAUGGUAUACUUGUCCAGAGGAGAUAAAUGGAGAAGAUAUCGGAGAAAAGUCAAAUAUAUACGCCCUUGGUGUUCUUCUGUUUGAGCUGCUAUGCCAUUGUGAGUCUAGUGAGAUGCAUGCUGCAAUGAUGGCAGAUUUACGUCAUCGGAUUCUCCCACCCGCAUUUCUCUCAAGAUACCCAAAGGAAGCUGGAUUUUGUCUUUGGCUUCUGCAUCCUGAACCCUCCUCCCGACCAACAGCUAGAGAAAUACUAAAGUCUGAGUUGAUAUGCGAGGAGGACUCAGUUAAAUCGACUGCUGCUGAUGAGGAGAUAUCUGAGCUGUUACUUCACUUUUUGUCUUCACUUGAAAAGCAGAAGAAGAAAAAUGCAUCUAAGCUUUUGCAAGACAUCCAGACCUUGGAGGAUGAUAUCAAAGAGGCUGAGCGAAGAUAUUCUUCAAGAGCAUCUGUGGUGACAUCGCAUGAAGCUAUUGAACGAAAAAUGCAAUCAUCUCCCGUAGGCGAGCGCUGUACAACUACUUCUGUCGCCUUGUUUGUACCAACUGCUAAUACAGACAGGCUGAUGAGUAAUAUCCGUCAACUUGAAGAGGCAUAUUUCUUCAUGAGACAACAAAUGAAGUUAUCGGAUUCUGCGGCUAGUGCCCGUUCUGACAAAAGCCUUCUGAAGGACCAGGACAAGUGGUCUGAAAGCCAAAAUAAGGAUCAGGAUACGAGAACCAAAGGAAAGUCUUCAGACCAACUUGAAGUGUUUUUCGAGGGGUUGUGCAAAUUUGCUCGGUAUAGCAAGUUCGAAACCUGUGGGACGAUCAGAAGUGGAGACCUUUUAAACUCUGCCAGUGUGGUCUGCUCGCUAAGUUUUGACCCUGAUGAGGAACACAUAGCAGCAGCUGGGAUAUCAAAGAAAAUCAAGAUUUUUGACUUCAACGCAUUUAUGAAUGAAUCUGUCGGUGUUCAUUAUCCACUAGUAGAGAUGGUCAACAAAUCGAAAUUAAGCUGCGUUUGCUGGAAUAGUUACAUCAAAAACUACUUGGCCUCGACUGACUAUGAUGGUGUAGUCCAGAUAUGGGAUGCUGGGACUGGACAAGGAUUUUCCCAAUACACAGAACACCAGAAGAGAGCCUGGUCAGUUGAUUUUUCUCCAUCUGACCCGACAAAAUUUGUCAGCGGAAGUGAUGACUGUUCGGUAAAGCUUUGGAGCGUCAAUGAGAAACGGUCAUUAGGUACGAUCUGGAGUCCAGCAAAUGUGUGUUGCGUGCAAUUCUCUGCAUAUUCCAAUCAUUUACUGGCAUUUGGGUCAGCGGAUUACAAGGUCUAUUGCUAUGAUCUUCGGUAUGUCAAAACUCCUUGGUGCACAUUGGCAGGCCAUGAGAAAGCUGUUAGCUAUGUUAAGUUCGUGGAUUCAGAGACCAUUGUCACUGCUUCCACUGAUAACUCUCUCAAGCUUUGGAAUCUCAACAAGACAACUUCCUCUGGGUUGUCUCCUGGUGCUUGUUCAAUGACGUAUAAAGGACACACAAAUCAAAAGAACUUUGUCGGCUUAUCGGUCUUGGAUGGAUACAUAGCCUGUGGUUCAGAGACCAAUGAGGUAUAUAGUUACUAUAGAUCGUUACCAAUGCCAAUGACUUCAUACAAGUUUGGAUCAGUGGAUCCCAUAUCUGGAAACGAGUACUUUGAUGACAAUGGACAGUUUGUGUCGAGCGUCUGUUGGCGAAAAAAGUCGAAUAUGCUUGUAGCUGCGAAUUCUACGGGAAACAUGAAGCUACUAAAACUGGUUUGACAUUGUGGCACUGGACUCCUCUUUGAGUAAGUUCUUUGGAAAGAAAACGUUUUGACUUUGAAGCGACUGUUUUUGUCCUGGAAACUGUGAUCCUAUAUAUGACCAUAUGAGAGUUCAUGAAAGACAACCAAAUCUCAGAGAAGUUGAAGCUCAAAAAAAGCUGUUUAUGUCUGUGAUAGUAUUCUUCAUGUUAACUCUAUAUAUGAUUAGUUUGAGAUCAAAGUUCGCUGAUUCUUCGGAAGUUGGUUCAGAUUUGGUCUUAGCACAAGUUGUGCAUCAAUGUGUAAUGAGUAGAGGUAUAUAAUCUGUACAAGUGUUUUCUUUAAUUAUGUAAUUGUUGUUGGAUAUUUACUGUUGUCGGAUAAAUAGAGAGAAAAGAGUUCUCUGAUUAUAAUUUUCACAGCUGAGUUAAUCGAACAUUCAUGGCUA